GCCGCUGCGCUGGGCACCGUGGACGAGGGCGACUCGCUGGACGGGCCCGAGUACGAGGAGGAGGAGGUGGCCAUCCCGCUCAACGCGCCCCCCACCAACCAGUGGUAUCAUGGAAAACUUGACAGAACAAUUGCCGAGGAGCGGCUCCGGCAAGCAGGCAAACCUGGUAGUUACCUCAUCCGAGAGAGCGAUCGGAGACCAGGCUCCUUUGUGCUUUCCUUCCUUAGCAAAGCAAAUGUCAAUCAUUUUAGGAUUAUUGCCAUGUGUGGAGACUAUUACAUUGGUGGGCGUCGUUUUGCUUCGCUCUCAGACCUAAUUGGUUAUUACAGUCAUGUGUCUUGUUUGCUUAAGGGGGAAAAAUUACUCUUUCCAGUAGCACCUCCAGAGCCUGUGGAGGACAGAAGGAGAGUUCGAGCAAUUCUACCUUACACCAAAGUGCCAGAAACUGAUGAAAUAAGUUUCCUCAAAGGAGACAUGUUUAUUGUCCACAAUGAGUUGGAAGAUGGCUGGAUGUGGGUUACAAACCUACGGACAGAUGAACAAGGUCUUAUUGUAGAAGACCUGGUAGAAGAAGUGGGAAGAGAAGAAGAUCCACAUGAAGGCAAAAUAUGGUUCCAUGGGAAGAUCUCCAAACAAGAGGCUUACAAUUUGCUGAUGACAGUUGGCCAAGUGUGCAGUUUUCUUGUGAGGCCUUCAGAUAAUACACCUGGUGAUUAUUCACUUUAUUUUCGGACUAGUGAAAAUAUUCAACGUUUUAAAAUAUGUCCAACGUCWAACAAUCAGUUUAUGAUGGGAGGCAGAUAUUAUAAUAGUAUUGCUGACAUCAUUGAACACUAUAGAAAAGAACAGAUUGUUGAAGGGUAUUACCUUAAAGAUCCUGUUCCAAUGCAGCAUCAAGAACAAGUGUUUAACGAUACACUGGAUGGAAGAGAAAUCUACAAUACAAUUCGUCGCAAAACAAAGGAUGCUUUUUAUAAAAAUAUUGUCAAAAAAGGUUAUCUUCUAAAGAAAAGUAAAGGAAAGAGAUGGAAAAACUUGUACUUUAUAUUAGAGGGAAAUGAYGCCCAGCUUAUUUAUUUUGAAAGUGAAAAACGAGCCACAAAACCCAAAGGAUUAAUAGACCUUAGUGUGUGUUCCGUAUAUGGAGUACACGACAGCUUGUUUGGCAGGCCAAACUGUUUUCAGAUAGUAGUUCAGCACUUUAGUGAAGAGCAUUACAUCUUCUACUUUGCAGGAGAAACUCCAGAACAAGCACAGGACUGGAUGAAAGCUCUGCAGAUGUUCUGCAGUUUAAGAAAAACCAGUCCAGGGACAUCAAAUAAGCGUCUACGUCAGGUCAGCAGUCUUAUUUUGCAUGUAGAAGAAGCUCAUACGCUCCCUGUAAAGCAUUUUACUAAUCCGUAUUGUAACAUCUACCUGAACAGUGUCCAGGUAGCAAAGACACAUAUCAGGGAAGGGCAGAACCCUGUGUGGUCAGAAGAAUUUGUCUUUGAUGAUCUUUCAUCUGAUAUUAAUAGAUUUGAGAUAAGCCUAAGUAACAAAACAAAGAAGAGUAAAGAUCCAGAUAUAUUGUUUAUGCGAUGCCAGUUAAAUCGCUUGCAGAGAGGCCAUACGACAGACGAGUGGUUUCAGCUCAGCUCCCAUGUCCCAUUAAAGGGUAUCGAGCCAGGAUCUUUGCGUGUUCGAGCACGAUAUUCUAUGGAGAGGAUCAUGCCAGAAGAGGAGUACAGUGAGUUUAAAGAGCUUAUACUCCAAAAGGAGCUACAUGUAGUCUAUGCCUUAUCACAUGUUUGUGGACAGGAUAGAACACUGUUGGCAGGCAUUUUAUUGAAGAUUUUUCUUCAUGAAAAGCUUGAGUCGUUGUUGCUACGAACACUAAAUGACAGGGAAAUCAGCAUGGAAGAUGAAGCUACUACCUUGUUUCGCGCCACCACUUUAGCCAGCACGCUUAUGGAGCAGUACAUGAAAGCCACAGCGACACGUUUUGUUCACCACGCACUGAAAGACUCUAUACUGAAGAUAAUGGAGAGCAAGCAGUCCUGUGAGUUAAAUCCCUCAAAGUUAGAAAAAAAUGAAGAUGUAAACACUAAUUUGGCCCAUCUACUCAGUAUACUGUCAGAAUUGGUGGAGAAGAUAUUCAUGGCUGCAGAGAUACUGCCUCCAACGUUGAGGUAUAUUUAUGGGUGCUUGCAGAAGUCUGUUCAAAACAAGUGGCCUGCUAACACCACCAUGAGAACCAGGGUUGUUAGUGGCUUUGUUUUUCUUCGGCUGAUUUGUCCUGCUAUCCUGAACCCAAGAAUGUUUAACAUCAUCUCAGACUCUCCUUCCCCUACUGCUGCAAGAACACUGACGCUGGUCGCCAAGUCUGUGCAGAACUUAGCAAACCUGGUGGAAUUUGGAGCCAAGGAACCGUAUAUGGAGGGUGUAAAUCCAUUCAUCAAGAGUAACAAACAUCGCAUGAUCAUGUUCCUAGAUGAGCUUGGGAACGUUCCCGAGCUCCCAGACACUACGGAGCACUCCAGAACUGACCUCUCUCGUGACCUAGCCGCCCUGCACGAGAUGUGCGUGGCGCACUCGGGUGAGCUGCGGACGCUCAGCAACGAGCGGGGGGUCAUGCAGCAUGUUCUUAAGAAGCUGCUGGCUAUUACAGAACUGCUUCAACAGAAACAAAAUCAGUAUUCAGUGUCCAAUAACAGCAGGUAGCAGCCCUCUACCUGCCCUCUGCAUGGAUCCAGCACGCCCAACAUGGCAACUCACACCAGUAUCACUUUCUUCUUGCUCUUGCCAAAAAUAGCACACCCUGUCACGUUCCCAGUGAUGUGUGAACUAUGCAAAAAGAAAACAAAGAUUCUGUUGGUGAAUGAUUGUACCAGCAGCUUUUUAAGCUAUCUGUGCAGGACAUUUGCACUUUUUUUUUUCCACUUGGAACAAAUUUUCACAACCUCUGAGCCUUGGUGUACAGUUCACCUUCCGCAAAGAAAAUGCUGUGACUGUGUCUUGAACUCUGAAAAUUAUUUUCAGCACCUCCAAUUGCCAAAGUUUUGUUGUCUUCUUGGAAAAGAAUUAUCAACUGACAAGGAAAGAAACUCACUGUUUUGACAGCUGCAUAUAACUGGAUAACACUUCUUACUGUAAUUUCUGACUGGUUACAACUAUUACAACUUUGACUGUUUCAACCACUUUAACUUGUAUUUACAGUUUCUGGAGUUUGACGUUAUGGUAGGAACAAUCUUUGCUGUACACUUUUUAUACCAUGCUGUUUCUCUUGCUGGAAUCAUGUUGAAAGAGAAUAUGCAGAAUGGGUCUUGACAGCUUUAUUUUUUAAUGUGCCACUGAUUCAGUCU